AUGUUCUCCACCUUUAAGAAGCUCUGCUGCUGUAAGAGAGAGCCGAAAACCCCUUUGGGGUUUUGUGAUGGCCCAAGCAACUGGAAGUGGAGAUUGGCCUGUUGUGACUGUAGUCAGGACAGGUAUGACCAGCCUUAUGAUCCAGAUAAUAAAUUCCAUGAAGCAGUGUGCAUGGGAAGGAUUAGAGUGGUGCUGCAUCUCCUCUCUAAGAAGAAAUUUAACAUAAAUGACCAGGACAAAGGAAAACGAACUGCACUUCACUUCGCAUGUUUUUAUGGUCAUCUGCAUCUGGUUCAGUUCUUAUUAUAUAAUGACUGCAUGAUAAAUGCCCUUGAUGAUCAAAAGGCCACACCAUUAAUGAAGGCUGUACAAAGCUGGGAGACAAAGAUUGUUUCUGUCCUCCUUGAAAGUGGAGCAGAUCCCAGCUGUAAAGAUUCUAAUGGAGAAACAGCACUACAUCAGGCAGUAUAUGUUAACAGUCCAGAUAUUGCCACCAGUCUUCUUGAAUAUGGAGCAGAUAUUGAAGAACCUACAAGGGAUGGGUUUACACCUCUCCUGCUAGCACUCCGAGAAAGAAAACUCCUCAUGGUAGAACAUUUAAUAAAAAAUGGUGCAAAUAUUCAUGCCCAGGAUGAUUAUCAAAGAACAGCACUCAUGUAUGCUGUUCAAUGUGAUUCUGAAGCCACUGUUGAGCAAUUACUGGAGAAAGGUGUUGAUCACUCCUUAAAGGAUGCAUUUGGAUGGAGUGCACUUCAGUAUGCUGUGGCAGGGAAACGCAAAGUGUAA